CUCUCUGGGAGGGCAACUCUGACAAAUGACGGGUGGGGGGGGGCUGUGCUUUUAAAGGUACCUUCGGGAAAAUCUCUAUUUUUCUUCUUUAUUCAAUUGUGUUCUUUUUGAAGCUCGAAUCAAUAUUUGUGAUCAUUAGAACAAACGAAUGGGCUGAGAAAGUUAGGGGAGGGCGGGCUCACGAAAGUGUGUGUAAGGCCCCAUAAAAUCGUUAUGGAAUUCUUUCAAGAUCCGGUUGUAUAAACUUCGCAAAUAUAUAAUUAUUUCAUUGUGUUUUCAUUCACUUAGUCCCAUGCUAGUAUGUUCUUUAUGUACCCGCUCGUGGCACUAAGUGAAAGCAUCAGGUCGUUUCCAUGGCAACACACUGCUACUUGUCACCUACUGAAAUAUACCAACUAAAGAAAAUAAAAAUGCAAUUCACGUUAUAGUAAACCGAUGUUACCAAAGAUUGCCAAUUGCGCAAUGCAGUAGUAAUUGAUUUGUAAUUAAAAAAUGAUUUGCAACUCUGGUACAACCGUCUACUAAAUGGGUCCGUUAGGUAUAAAAUUAUUGGUUUACCGACGACGAUAGUUGUCAGACCACAAUGUAUCUCUGAAAAGAGAGGGCUGUGUGUAGAGUUUAGCAGAAUGUGCAGUGAUCUGUAAAGUGCUGUAGAGUGACGUUGUGUAUUACAUAGAACGUGCAUUUUUGGGUAAAAUUUGAAACUUUAAAAUGAGAUGUUAUGGUGCAUGCUUCAAGUUUUGUUUUUGUUUAUGAAUUUGUGGUUAUAAUAUAAUUAUUUUAUGAAAUUAAUGUUUUUGUUCGCUGAAGUAAUCACAUAGUUGUGUGUUUCAGUCAAAAUUAUUUUCAAAGGAGAAUUAAAAAUAAAGAAAAAAUAUUACGUAGUGUUCAUUAUAAGCCCACACUUUUCCGUGAUUGAAAUGUCUUCAGAAGUAGGGAACACUAAGAAAAAGAAGUACACUCGACAAGAACUAGAGGGUCUUGACAGAGAAGAGUUGGUUAAUCGAAUAUUACAAUUAGAAGCAUAUAAUUUUCAGCUCAAAAAUACUCUUCAGAAACAUUUGACUGAAGUUGAAGGCACUCCACAAAAAGAAGAAAGAAAACGUCCCUUUGAUUUUUCAAAACAUACACGACGCCAUGUGCUUCUCAGAUUUUUGUAUUUGGGAUGGGACUACCAGGGGUUGGCUACACAGGAAAAUACUACAAAAACUAUUGAGUAUCACAUGUUUGCUGCUUUAGCAAAAGCAUGUUUGAUAGAAAGCCGACAGACCUGUAAUUAUCAUCGCUGUGGACGCACUGAUAAAGGAGUUAGCUCAUUUUGCCAAACUAUAUCUUUGGAUUUAAGAAGUAAAUUAUCAAAGGAGGAG